UGUAAACAAAAUUUUCCUUCUGUGAAUCAAAUUCGGCCAAAACAUGGACUACGAACUUCGUAAUAUAAAAGAUUUCCUGCAACUCUACAACAAAAUAACCGACAUGUGCUUCAACUCCUGCGUGGAUAAUCUGUUCGGUCGUGAUCUGACACGGGAGGAAAUAUCCUGUGCCGACAACUGUGUGCUCAAGUUCACCAACGUUAAUCAGCGAUUACUGAAAGUGUACGUAGGAGUACAAUCGGACAUCAACCAGCGAAGGAUGGCGGAUAUGGAAGCGCAACAGGCGAAAUUAAUGGCCGAAGCGCAACAACAGCAAGCAGCAGCGGCUGUGCCGACAAGUUCGGAAAUGAAUCCAGCUUCCGCGGAAUCCUCCGUGGCAUGA